CGGCCCCCCGCCCAAGAGGCGCCCCGUGUUGCCAAGAUGUCCAAGGUCGCCAAGUACCGCCGGCAGGUGAGCGAGGACCCCGACAUCGACAGCCUGCUGUCCACGCUGUCCCCCGAGGAGAUGGAGGAGCUGGAGAAGGAGCUGGACGUGGUGGACCCCGACGGCAGCGUGCCCGUGGGGCUGCGGCAGCGGAACCAGACGGAGAAGCCGGCCACCGGCAGCUACGACCGCGAGGCCAUGCUCACCUUCUGCGAGAAGGAGACCAAGAAGCUCAUCCAGCGGGAGCUGUCCCAGGACGUGGACGAAAGCAAGCAAGCGGAGACCAAGACAGACGCCAAGAACGGCGGGGAGAGGGGCCGCGAGGGCCCCAGGGAGGAGGGGGCGGCCCCCAGCAUCUUCGACGAGCCGCUGGAGCGCGUGAGGAGCAACGACCCCAGCAUGACGGAGGUGAACGUCAACAACUCGGACUGCAUCACCCCCGAGAUCCUGGUGCGCUUCGCCGAGGCCCUGGAGUUCAACACGGCCGUGCGGGUGUUCGCCCUGGCCAACACGCGGGCCGACGACCACGUGGCCUUCGCCAUCGCCAUCAUGCUCAAGGCCAACAAGACCAUCACCAGCCUCAACCUGGACUCCAACCACAUCACGGGCAAGGGCAUCCUGGCCAUCUUCCGGGCGCUGCUGCAGAACAGCACGCUCACCGAGCUGCGCUUCCACAACCAGCGCCACAUCUGCGGGGGCAAGACCGAGAUGGAGAUCGCCGGGCUGCUCAAGGACAACACCACGCUGCUCAAGCUGGGCUACCACUUCGAGCUGGCCGGGCCCCGCAUGACGGUCACCAACCUGCUCAGCCGCAACAUGGACCGCCAGCGGCAGCGGCGGCUGCAGGAGAAGAAGGGGCUGCUGGAGGUGCCCAAGGUGGAGGUGCCCAAGCUGCUGCAGUAG